GUGAUGAUGUGAAAGCGUCAGUCUUUUGAAGUGCGCGACGCAGAGCAGUUGAUGGACGUACUGAAUUGCGGAGUGAACUUUAACACUGGAUUAACUUUGACUCUGGAGUGUAACUUGUAAAAUUAGAGUUGGUUUAUUUUGUUAAUCACUCUCAGAUUAGUUUCUAAGUGUUUCUGUCUCCGGGGACAAGUGGUUUUUACGCACAGUUUGCGCCAUGGCGAACUCGUGUCUCCAACUCAGCGGCUUUCUCAUCAGCUGCCUCGGCUGGCUGGGCAUCGUGAUCGCGACAGCCUCCAAUGACUGGGUGAUUAUGUGUAAAUACGGGUUGAACACCUGCAAGAAGAUGGACGAGCUGGGGGCCAAGGGACCCUGGGCAGACUGUGUCAUCUCCACGGGACUGUACCACUGCGUCUCCCUGACGCAGAUCCUGGAACUGCCAGCCUACAUCCAGACGACUCGUGCCCUGAUGAUCACAGGUUCGAUCCUGGGUCUCCCAGCAGUGGGGAUGAUCCUCAUGUCCAUGCCCUGCAUCAGCCUCGGCAAUGAGCCCCAGAGCUCCAAGAACAAACGCACCAUCCUGGGAGGAGUGCUCAUACUCAUAGUCGCGAUGUGCGGCAUGGUGUCUACAGUCUGGUUUCCCAUCGGCGCUCACCAGGAGCAGGGCCUCAUGUCAUUCGGCUUCUCCCUCUACACCGGAUGGGUGGGCACCAUCUUCUCCCUGCUGGGCGGCUGCAUUCUCACCUGCUGCUCCUCAGAGUCCUCCUCCUCAUCUCGCUCUUACCAGGACAACAAUCGUUUCUACUACUCCAAACAGGGAGGCGGCAACCCGCCAGCGGCAGCCUCCACCAAUCACGCCAAGAGCGCCCACGUCUGAGAGAGGGGAGAGUGUGGAGCGGAUGUAUAGGGGACUGUAGUUUGUAUAUAGAGACACACACACUAGCACACACAUACAGGAGAAGGAGACACAUAAACACACUCAUUCAUGUUUAAGAGUAACACACAGUUCCUUGAAUGAGCACACAUUCAUAAAACAUACAUAAAAGAGACGUUCACACACCCAAACACACAAAGACUGUUUUUGUUGGAGCUCUUUUUUAACCGAUGGAUGUUUUUGGAUCACAGAGCUCGUCCUCCAGCCUCCGUAUGCUGGGUGUGGUGUGGACUCUCCCCGCUGUUACAUAAUUGUACGAGCUCCUGCACAGCAGCCCGAGGUCCCAAUCACUCCGAGCCUUGUGGACUGAGAUAUUGUUCCUCUAUAUUACGUCUAUUUUUCUAUUUCUACGUCUUUUUUGAUAAAUCUAUUUUUUAAAUCAUACGAUAUGAUCUGUUGCUUCGAUGCGAGCAGGUUAUGACAGUAUUAUGUUUCAGAAUAUGUUCAUUAACGUUGUUUAUCCACAUUGAUUUUUCUAUGACAGUAUUGUAAAAACCCUCUGGUGCGUUUGCCUCUUGAAUGAUGGACUUGAUUAAAAAUGCAACACUGGGUUUUCCCAGCCACUGCGGCAUGAUGGGAACAUAAAUUUUGCAGCAGAGCAGUGUUACAGUCUCUAUCGGAGCCUUGGUGUGUACACUGACUUGGCAAAAAUAACUUAUUAGAGACUACAAAGCCUUAAUUUCUCUCCCUCAUCUGAUAUCAAUAUGUCAUAAUCCAAACCUUACACAUUUUUAUGGGACUAACUUGCUUCUAUUUUAUUAUGAGUGACAAAAAGCAGCUUAUCCUCUUACUACAUUUCCAUUACACAUCUCAGUCAAACUUCUCCAUAUAGCACAGCUCUGUAGCGUAGUGUAUGUUUCUACGAGCGUGCACACAAAGACAGUAUUAUGUACAUUAGCUUCUCUCUGAGGAAUGUGAUGACUUGAAUAUUCGAUAACUCAAAGUGUUCAGAGCACAGAUGGAAAUUCCCAACUCAGCGCGCAGAUGCAGUAUUAGCUGGUUAUUUAUUGUUUCACUGAUGUGCUGUUGUUUGAUUUUCUAUAAUAAAGACAAAAGAAUUGAAAGUGGCU